AUGGCGCAAGCAAACAAUCCGCAUCCUCAGUAUUAUGGCCAGACACUGCAGGAUGGGACGAUAAUGGAGUCACCCGUCAUGCCAAAUCACCCGCGUGCAUCGAGCGACUCAAGGCAAGAGCUACUACGGCUACCUGCACAACCCCAUCCAGCACAUCUCGACUUUCACAUGGAGUCUGAACAGAAUGUGCCUCAGCAACAGGGAGAUGCCCUUGGUCUGAGGUCAAUGCCCUCCAACGUUCGAAGGAUAGGAGGUCAGGCCGACCCCAAUGACCAGUGGACACCCACUCGUCCUCGACGACCAUCCCAGAAUGUUCCUUACACCCCAACUACCCAUCGUGGUCCAUACAUAGAAGACUACUCGGAGGAGGAAGAACAACAAGAUCCUCGAAUGUACCGUCGUCGCUCCAACAGAAGGCCUCAAGGCCCUCCUGUUUCCUAUCGCAACUAUGUUGAGCAAAACUCCAGGUAUGGACCGAUACCGAGGAACAGUGUCGACGCAAACAUGCAGCCUCAGUACGCGGAUACGCCGGGCAAGCCCAACUAUGAAAUGUACUACCCUGAGUACACGGAUUACCCCCGACGCCCACCCCCUAGACCCGUCCAAGGAGGGAGUAACGGACCGCCAGAGUAUCCAUCGGCUAAGAGCGUGAUGAGACUGCCCUGGGCAGUCUGGAUGGGAAGUAAUGCGAAGAACCACUUCGUCGCCUUUAUAGGUGAAUUCGUGGGAACAACCAUGUUUCUCUUCUUUGCCUUCUCCGGUACACAAGUCGCCAACAUCGACUCCUCAGCAAACCCCUCUGACAACACCACAACUAACGAAGCCGCCGGUUUCUCCCCCAUUGUUCUCCUCUACAUCGCCCUCGUCUUUGCCUUUUCUCUCAUGGUCAAUGUAUGGGUUUUCUUCCGCAUUAGCGGUGGCUUGUUCAAUCCGGCCGUCACAUUCGCCAUGUUACUCUGCCGCGCUCUCUCACCAAUCCGCGCCUUCUUGUUGAUCGCAGCGCAGAUUACAGGAAGUAUCUUCGCUAGUUUCCUGGUUAGCGUCUUGUUCCCCACAGACUUUAAUGUUAGGACUACGUUGGGUGAAGGCACAAGUUUGGCUCAGGGUGUGUUGAUCGAAACUAUACUCACAGCGGAGUUGGUCUUUACUAUCUUCAUGUUGGCAAAGGAGAAACAUAAAGCCACUUUCAUAGCCCCCGUUGGUAUCGGUCUUGCCCUCUUCAUUGCAGAACUAGUAGGCGUCUACUACACCGGCGGCUCUCUCAAUCCCGCACGCUCCUUCGGCCCCUGCGUGAUAACUGGCGUCUUCGACACAGAACACUGGAUCUACUGGGUUGGUCCCGCAGCGGGUGCCAUAAUUGCCGUCGUCUUCUACCAGUUUAUCAAGAUCCUGGAAUACGAAGUUGCGAACCCUGGCCAGGAUGAUGACGACAAGGAUCAGGAGGUUAAAGAGGAGAUUGAGAAGGUUAGGGAAGGGAGUCAGGAACCUGAUUUGGAGAGCGGGAGAGGUGUGAAUCCUGUGGCUAUUGGGGGUUGA